GGGCGGGGGGGACGCGCUUGAUUGUGCCUUCGCUUGGCACCGCCCUUCCUGGCCGGUGGGUGGUUUCGUCAAAAACGGGCAGAUCCGCCACGGCCCAGAGCCGAACGUAUAGGCCGUCCUCCGCCUCCGUGCCCGGCCGGCCUUCUACCGUGAACUACACCCUCUCCCUCUCGGUAUAUUAAUGCGUUAUGAGUGACUCGAAGAAGGAAUCAUCUGGAACUGAAGGAGGGAAAGCAUCUAAAAGGGGAAAAAGUUCUGGAUCGCAGGAUUCUUCUCAGCCCUCUCCGUUGGCUCUGCUAGCAGCCACCUGCAGUAAGAUCGGAGGGCAGGGGGCGGCCGAGGGGGCCCAGGCGGGCGCCCAGCAGAUCCAGGUCCAAGCUGGUCAGCUUCAGCUCCAGACAGGUCAGCUCCAGGGUCAGAUAGUUGUGGACCCGGCUGGGGGUCAGGCUCUGGUGCCCCAGCAGCUGGAACUGGUCCCGGCUCAGUUCACAGGAAACGGGUGGCAGAUCAUUACAGCAGCGCCCGCCAUGGCCAAGGAGAACACCAGCCAGCCCGUCGCCGUGACGGUGGCCACCACUUUGGCCAACGACAGCUCGCCCGGCGGACGCAAGGUCAAGGCCGCCAGUAGUACCAACAGUGUUCCAGCCAAUCAGCAGCAGCAGUUCCAGAUCAUCCAGGUCCAGAACCUGCCCAGUGCCGGGGGCGGCGUCCAGUAUCAGGUCAUCCCUCACCUGCAAACCGCAGACGGGCAGCAGAUCCACAUCAGCCCCCAGCCGGCCUCCAUCGGGGCUCUGCCCGAGCAGGUCCAGCUCAUCCAGAGCCCCACCUCAGGCCAGACCCAGGCCAUCCUCCAGCCGUCGGGCCAGCAGGCCAUCCUACCAAGCACAGCCAAUCAGACAGUUCCGCUGCAGAUCCGCCCGGCGCAGUCCUUCCCGCUGCAGCUGCAGACCCUGCAGGGCUCCCAGACUCCCGUAAUGACCACCGUCCCCAUAAACCUGGGCGGCAUGACCCUGGCCUUGCCCGUGAUCAACAACGUGGGCGGAGGCGGGGCCGUGCAGCUCAUCCAAUCGGCCGACGGCACGCCCAAGAAGAAGAGGAACAGCAUCGUGGAGCUGGGACUACCUGAGCUCGCCGUUGAGCAGGAUCAGGAUUCCAGUGUGGGGCAGGAAGAGGGGGAUGAUUAUCAGACCACCUGA